AUGAACGACGUGAGGGCAAUUGGGAUGGUGACUCGCACUGUCUCCAUUGCCAACAGAUCGGACACCGCGCAAAGAACUGCCCAACUGGUGGGUCGACAACACGGCAUGGUCGAACAGGUGGAAUGGGCGGAGUGUGCUUUUGCUGUUUUCGCUAUGGUCAUGCUGCUUCUACAUGCCGUUGGAGACAUCAAAAUUGCUACAACAAUGUGAAUGCAUGCUAUUAUUGUGGCCGUACUCAGGACAUCGUAAACGAGCGAGGGCAGCUCAAACGGCAUACUGCGCACUUAUGUAUUGCUAUGGAGCUCUACAGAGGAAACGCUCUUCGAUCAGGGUUCGAAAAGUGGCGUCUUCAUAUUAGAAAUCAACAACAGUGAGGGCAAUAAUGACAAGCGGAUGUUACAAGAAGACAAUUUUGUGAGGGCGUGUUUUUUCGUGAUUUUAUGCUGGUAUUUCUAGUGUUUUCUUUGGAUGAAUAUUUAUUUUUUUCAUUGAUUUUGUUAUUGUGUACCAAGUUGU